GGAGGUAUUAGCCAUGGAAGUUAUUUGUGACGCGUAUAAUAUUGUUACGUAACAGAUAUCAUUCCAGCUAGGGCUACGGUUCUAGCGAAGUCAAAAAUGCGCAAUGUCGAGUGAGAAUGCGGCGACACUCGGCAAAACUUCAUGGCCACGCUGGUCACGGAGCCGCUCUGACCGAUUAUUCUACACCAGAUAUAUGGUGCAACACGCCAUAACCAACUCGUGGUUGGACGAAUGUAGACAUAGGAAGCAAGUGUAUGGAAUAUGGGAAGGUUUACGAACGAAUGGAUGAUCCAAAAGGGCACAUCAUAUCGCUCGCACGCACGCACGCCCAACAUGUCUGUCUUAGUCUUUAAAUGUUUUCAUGUUUCAAAAGUUGGCAUGCCCUGCGGAAGCUCUCGUUGGAAACGACGCUAUGAUGAAUUUCUUUUGCCUUCCCCUUUGGGCAGAUUCGGGUUUUUGUACAGUAUUUUACUCGGCAUACUGGCAUGGAGAGUCAUGGGAUCGAGCAUUGCGUAUUCCCCUCCUUCAACGCAUUUUCUACGCGUCAUGACUAUUAUCGUCUCUAACUGUCGUGUCUGUGGCCGGCCUCAGACUCAAAUCAUCUAAAUCUCGAAUCUACGCAUGGCUAUCUCAUUCAAACUUUUGACUUCAAUACCG